ACGGGCGCGCCCAUUCAACAGGUCUCGGCAAGUCAGCAACCACCAACAUCCACACGGACUCCACUCUUCCGGAGUCGCACCAGACCCACCAUUUUGUCCGUUUUUGUCCGUUUCUCCUCUCUCACAUUCUCUCUUGCUACUUGCAAGUCAUAUAAGUCGUAACAGAUUAACAAUCAAGAAAGCCAAGCAACCAAACAACGAACUACUGUCACUCACUCACUCACUCACCAACUCGAAUUCCAGUCACCAAAUCCAAACCAAUGCCAACUCCCUCCCUAUUUUCGCUACAGUCCGUUCUUCUCCUUUUCAUUUCUCUGAUAUUGAGUUUAGUUAAGAUUGCUUUGGCUGAUGGAGGUUUUUGCUCAGCGCCUUCAGUAUUUGAUGCGGAAAAGGAUUCGAAACCUCUAUAUUGGAAAGUCACAAAUCCCACACUCUCUCCUUCUCAUCUCCAAGACUUACCAGGUUUCACACGAAGUGUAUAUAAAAGCGACCAUGCUUUAAUAACACCUGAAAGUCAUGUAUUCAGUCCUUUACCCAAUUGGACAAAUACUUUAGGAGCAUAUCUAAUCACACCAGCAAUGGGCUCUCACUUUGUUAUGUACCUCGCAAAGAUGCAAGGAAAAUCAAGAUCAGAGCUCCCUCCUUAUGAUGUUGAGAGGUUCAUAUUUAUGGUUCAGGGUUCUGCAACUCUGACUACUGCUUCUAGCACCAGCCAUGAACUGAUGGUGGAUUCAUAUGCUUAUCUACCCCCAAAUUUCAAACAUUCUUUGGAGUGUGAUGCAUUUGCGACUCUUGUUGUCUUUGAACGCAGGUAUGCUUCUCUAGACGAUCUUAUUACUGAACAGAUUGUGGGUUCAACAGACAAGCAGCCACUUCUUGAGACUCCAGGAGAGGUUUUUGAACUUAGGAAGCUUCUUCCCCAAACGUUGCCUUAUGACUUCAAUAUCCAUAUCAUGGAUUUUCAACCUGGUGAAUUUCUCAAUGUGAAGGAAGUCCAUUAUAAUCAGCAUGGGUUGCUCCUAUUAGAGGGACAGGGUAUAUAUCGUUUGGGUGAUAGCUGGUACCCAGUUCAAGCUGGUGAUGUCAUCUGGAUGGCUCCUUUUGUGCCUCAAUGGUAUGCUGCACUCGGCAAAACCCGGACACGGUAUUUGCUGUACAAAGAUGUAAAUAGGAAUCCAUUGUAAAGUUAUGCAGCAAAAGAACUAUCCAUGGGAUCCAUUGGCAUGAUUAUGGGAAGGAGAGAUCAUCAAGGAGCAAGAACAAAGUAAAUUUUACAUAGAUGGCUGAUACCCACUCUCGUCUAAUCUGCGCACUCAUGAUACCUGAACACCAUGCUUGUAGAACUUAUUUUGGUAAAUAAAUUGCCAUUCUGUCCUCUUGAGAAAUGAGAGAUUCUUGAAAAUUGUUAAGUAACAACCACGUAUUGGGUUAUGUUGCUAAUGAGUCAUGAUUCUUCUGAAAAUUUCUUCCUGGGGAAAUUGUAAUUUACAUGUGCUAAAUUCCCUCUCAAAUUAAAGCAUGGAGAACUUGACAGCCAGUUAAUUUGAGUCCUCAAGGUAAAUCGUCCGGUUGCUGCAUUUUGGCUGUAAAUUUUGAGAUAGCGAAGUUAUAAGUGCCUAGCAAUUUUUGAGCUUA